CGGAGCGUCUCUAACGGGACAUUUGACACCUGAGCGGACGCGCUGAAGUCGGAACCUCCUUUUCCUCCUCCUUCCCCCUCGUGAUGGAGCCGCCUCAGCUCCGCCGCCGGGCCUGAAGCCGCGCGCCGCUCGGUGUCCACCGGCCCGGUCAGUGUGAUCGUGUCCUCGCCGUCCUCUUCGUCCUCUUCGUCUUCCAGCAGGCCGCCGUCUCCUCCGUGACUCUCUGUUCCCAUGCGAUUCUUCAGACUCACAUUCAAGUGUUUCGUGGAUUGUUUUUGAAGGUCGCUGUUCGAGUGUCGGUCUAAUUCCCUUUAUUUUUUAUUUUCACAUUUUUCACUUUAUGAUUUUUCUCUCUUCUUUUCGAUUCGAGAAAGAAAUGUCUCUGGAUUAUUACUAGACAUUUUCAAUCUGUGUCAUAUUUUAAUACAUGAAUUAGUUCGUCCGGAUAAAAUUGGAGAAAUAAUAUAGACAACUGAUUCUGGAUCAUCCGGCUCCGGCUGAUGUGAUCCGCGAUCCACCCGCAGCUCUCUGAGAACAAUAAUAAUAAUCACAUUUAUUAUUACUGAACACGAAGCGGACCGAGAGCUGCCAGCCGCAGAGACCUUAAAGCGGACCGUACGGGACCUGCCGGACCUGCGCCUGACUGACUCAUCUGUUUCUCACUGGUUUCUGACUGGUUUUGAACUGGUGUCUGACUGGCAGGUGAGGAAGACACAGAUUACAGGGAACCUGAAAACAGUUUGAAGAGACAGAAAGCUGCAGGUUUAAAGGGAAGAGACUGGGCUGAGUGGCUCUCUGACUGGUUUGGAACUGGUUUUCACUGUCUGGUUCUGGGAAUCUCAGAACAGGAGACUUUAAAAGAACUUAAAACUAAAAUUAAGGGGAGACUGGGAUCACUUCUGCCUCCAGUGUGAACUGCUCCUUUACUGACUGAUUCUGUACUGGUUUUGAGGAAACUGGGAAGAAGUGAGUGAUCAGAUCAGUUUAACAAGAGAAACAGGACAAAAACCUGCAGGAAUUCAAGGGAAGUGGAGAAAUUUGGAACUACAGCAUCUUCCUGACUGGUUGGAACUGGUGUCUAACUGGUUACUGGUUUGAGUCUGACUGUGGGAAAAGACCAGAGGACAGAAAUAAGAGGUUGACUGGUUCCUGACUGGUUUGUGGAUGUCAGUGAUGGAGAAGCAGGCCCUGCCAGCCUCCUCCUGCUCUCUGGUUCUCCUGGAGGAGACCAAGAAGAACCCCCUCCUCCUGUCUAACGGCGGCGGCGGUUACCCCCCUGCAGCCGCCAACGGCAGCCUCGUCCCAGCCUCUGUGGCGGGGUCCGGCGGCGGGGUGGUGGGAGGUGCCUGUGCUGGACCGGACAAGAAAGUGGGCGUGGUGACAGGGGCGGGGCCAGGAUACCAGGAACGGGAAACAUGGACGCGGCAGAUGGACUUCAUCAUGUCCUGCGUGGGCUUCGCUGUCGGACUCGGCAACGUGUGGAGGUUCCCCUACCUGUGCUACAAGAACGGAGGAGGUGUCUUCCUGAUCCCCUACCUGCUGAUCGUCUUUGUCGGAGGAAUCCCGAUCUUCUUCCUGGAGAUCGCUCUCGGACAGUUCAUGAAGGCCGGCAGCAUCAAUGUCUGGAACAUCGCUCCUCUAUUUAAAGGCCUGGGUUAUGCCUCCAUGGUGAUCGUGUUUUUCUGCAACACCUACUACAUCAUGGUGCUGGCCUGGGGCUUCUACUACCUGAUCAAGUCCUUUAACAGCGUCCUGCCCUGGUCCACCUGUGAUAACGAAUGGAACACGCCCAGCUGCAUCGAGAUCUUUCGUCACCAGGACUGUGCUAACGGCAGCCUCGCUAACGCUACCAUCAGCGGCAAUAUGACCUGCGCCGAACUGGCUAACGCGCGAUCACCCAUCAUCGAGUUCUGGGAGAACAAGGUGUUGAACAUCUCUUCUGGUCUGGAUGAAGUCGGACAGUUUAACUGGGAGCUCAUGUUGUGUCUGAUGGCCGUCUGGGUUUUGGUUUACUUCUGUGUCUGGAAGGGAGUCAAAUCCACCGGGAAGAUUGUGUACUUCACAGCCACCUUCCCCUACGUGGUCCUCAUCAUCCUGCUGGUCAGAGGAGUCACACUUCCUGGAGCCUACGACGGCAUCAUGUACUACAUCAAACCUGAUUGGUCCAAACUGGAGGAGGCUCAGGUGUGGAUUGACGCUGGAACGCAGAUCUUCUUCUCCUACGCCAUCGGGCUGGGAGCUCUGACCGCUCUGGGCAGCUACAACCGCUUCAACAACGACUGCUACAAAGAUGCCUUCGUCUUGGCUCUAAUCAACAGUGGAACCAGUUUCUUUGCUGGUUUCGUUGUGUUUUCUAUUCUGGGCUUCAUGGCUGCUGAGCAGGGAGUCGACAUCUCGCAGGUCGCUGAAUCAGGUCCAGGUCUGGCCUUCAUUGCAUAUCCAAAAGCAGUUAGUCUGAUGCCGGUUGCUCCUCUUUGGGCGGCGCUCUUCUUCUUCAUGCUUCUGCUGCUGGGAUUGGACAGUCAGUUUGUUGGGGUGGAGGGUUUUGUAACUGGAAUUCUGGAUCUGUUUCCUGGAAAGUACUACCAUCGCUACAAAAGGGAGAUCUCUGUGGCGAUAUGCUGUUUAUUGUGCUUCAUAAUCGACCUCUCUAUGGUGACGCAGGGAGGGAUGUACGUCUUCCAGCUGUUUGACUACUACUCAGCCAGUGGAAUGACUCUGCUGUGGCAAGCAUUCUGGGAAUGCAUAGUAGUUGCCUGGGUGUAUGGUGCUGACCGCUUCAUGGAUGAUGUAGCUCGUAUGAUUGGCUACCGGCCUUUCCCCUGGAUGAAGUGGUGCUGGUCCUUUAUAACUCCAUGUGUCUGCAUGGGCAUCUUCCUGUUCCACCUGGUGAACUACAAGCCGCUGACCUACAACAAUGUGUACGUUUACCCGUGGUGGGGCGAGGUGAUUGGCUGGUGUCUGGCUCUGUCCUCCAUGCUCUGCAUCCCCGUCAGCCUUCUCUACAAACUCUUCAGAGCCAAGGGAACCUUCAAAGAGCGCUGGGCCCACCUGACCAAUCCAGUGUGGGGGGCCCAUCACCUGGAGUACAUGGCCCCCGACAUCAAGUCCCUGACCUCGCUGUCCCCCGGCACUGACGACAACAAGGUCAUCAUCUUCGAGAGCGUCAUGUAGGCCGGACUGCAGCGAUCGCAGCUCUCCAUCCGUCCCACCUACGACAAGAUGGCCGACACCUCACCGCCACGCACCUCACCUUCAGAUUUACCUCCACCCUGCGCUAGAACUGUGGAAAUGAUUGACCAGCCGGCCUCCUGGGACCCACUGAUCGGUCGGACUCCUCAGCUCCUCCAAACGUCACCAUGCAGAACCAAAGCUAGGGAGAGUUUGGAGGGAAUAAGGGAACGAGGCAGCUCCUCCAGGAGGGUUUUUCUAACCACAGCAACAACAAAUGCUUCCUCUUUUCCAGAUUACAGCAAAUUUGUGAUUAAAAGUAGCAGAACACUGAGCUCUUUAACUGUAAAGAGCUUCGAUUCCUCCGCCUCUCAUGCAGAAAAUGUAAAUAUUAUUAUUAUUAUCCACUAUUUUUAGGACGAAAUGCAGAAUAUUUUCACAAAUCCUGGAGGAGCUGAAGGAGGUUUUCUUCCUGGUGGAGUCUCACUGUGUGAAACACGAAGAAGACGCUGCUGAACGUCUCCCAUCAAGCUUCCUCCAUCUUGGAUGAAGGCUAUCAAUGCAAUCUUGUCUUGGGUUGGGCGGGUUGAACAUGCAAACAUACCUGGUAGGCAGCCAUUACGCACACACUUCCUGUCACCAACAUCAUUAAACAUGAGUGCAGGGUCUCUGAUGCUCGAGCUUCUUGUAGCUCCGAGUCCAAAACUUUAUGGUACAAAUCUAAACCUGAGUGUCUGAAACCUGUGUCUGUGUAAUGGCUGUUUAUAGAGACAGAGUUCUAGACAGACAGACUGACUGACCCCCCCCACAAAAUUACCAGAGGUCAUUUGCGUCAUCACAGGACUAAAAAACAGUCAAGGAUGGUCGUCUCUUCAGUCCUGUCGUCAAAGGUGAGAAAAGAUGUAAAGUGGCUUUCCACCAAGGAGGAGACUCGGGUUCACUUCCUGUUGGAGGAACUCCAGUUUUAAGACAAUUGAGGAAACAAAAGGAAAAUUUUCGGGAGUUCUGCGAUCCUUUUCUCACCACGCGAGGAAGAGUUUGGCAACAGGACUGAAGCGUAAAAGAGGGCGAGCUCCUGCUGCGUAGCAACCAGCGGUCCCUGAAUGCACCAUGCUGACAGGAAGCCGAACUGAGCUCAGUGAGGCCUGAACGCAUCGUCAGACUGUCCUGCUCCACCGUACUCUCAUGCUGAGUUGAAGUAGCCUUGACUCUGAACGUCUUUAAACCUGUUGUGAGCACUUUAUGUGACACUUUGAUUGUUGAAGCCUGUUCUGGAUCUGCAUUCUGAAACCUGAUCAGGACUCAAGUCCAUGUUAAACUGAAACCGUGGUCCUGAUGUUUGAACAUAUCAGCGCAGCUCGUUUCUGUCAAUACUGUGAAUCACCAGCUCCUACUACUGAUCCCAGAACAGUCCCGACUCCUGAGCAGCAUGUGCUUCUUUGACCGCUGACCUCUGACCACUGACCUCAGAUCUGUUUUCGACAGUCACACCGAGGCUUGAAUCACUCUGGCAACAAUAGAUGUGAUGUUAGGAGGAAGGUUCCAGUGAGAGUUCAGUCACUGCUCAUUUCAGACCUCAUUCAAAAACUCAUUAACAGCGAUCCAUCACAGGUGGAGCCUGAAUCCGGACACCAGGGUCCGGUUUGCAACACAAGGUUCAACUUCCUCGUCCUCCCUGAAGCUUUCAACCACAACUCAUGGCCUUCCUCAGCCAAAUCUGCUUCAUCCUCCAAGCUCGAACCUUCAAACUGAAGGAUAACGAAACGGAUGACAAAACAGUCUCAACUUAAACUCCACUUGUUAGACCUGGAACUAGCAACGGAUUUGAUAACCGAUUGAUUGGCAAACCGUUUAUCAGUCAUGCCAAACAUGACCUCGCUUUAGCCUCUUAAAGGUGUAAUUUUAUGUGAUAUUAAGCUGAAUAUCUUUGGACAAAACGAGCAAUUUAAAGCAGGAAGUUGUUGUUUAACUACACUAUCGACUCAAUAACUCGUUCCAGAAUCUCAAAGGGACCCAAAAACAAAACAGAUUAAUCUGGCUGUCGUCGCAGCCUUACAACUGCCAACAUCACCUGUGGUGAUUUUAGGCUCUUCCUCCUGCCAGUCACGUCCAUCGGACCAAUCACAGACUCGUCCAGUUGUCCAAACAGAAAUCAAAAUCCAAUUUGAACAUUUACUCUGAACAACAACUAAAAGAAAGACAUCGAGUGACGAGCUGAAAAGCAUUUAGCAGAGACGGAACUCACACCGGAUCUGACCUUUAACCCUUUCAUGUUCUGUAUCGGACCUCCUCGUGCGGAGGUUCAGGCCCGUGUGAGAAUCAGGUCAAAGGUCAGGCUUCGUUCUGCGUCCCCGGGUCGACUGAAGUGCCAAAUGGAGCGAUACUCGCCCUGCAGGGCUGACCCAGACCAGGGCUCCAGACUGCCAAUAUCAACCAGUUCACUCUUCUGUCUGCCUCACCUCAUCGGUCUCAUUAACGCUGAGGUCCUCCCACCGAACAUCACGCUCCCCCCGAUCAGAUGAAGGUGCUCCUAGUUUUAAUCUCACAUCUCAGUUUUCUGCCUGAGUAUUUAGUGCCAGAAGUAUAAUUCUCAGAACCUGAAUGUUAAUUGGACAUUCCUGGGAUGGAGUAAAGUCUGUAACUUCAGAUUAAGAAGCUUUUUCACUGGAUAUCUUAAUUCACCAGGACCAAAUUUAACCUUAACUGAAUAACUGGUCCUAAAUGUCACCCCUACAGGUGGAUCCAUUCGUGGACCAGUCUCUCUCCAUCUGUGUUAGUUUUGGACUUGAACUCAGUUUGUAUGGAUGGACGCUGCUGCAUGUCAGCAUGCAGGCUGCAAAAGAUUUCAGCACUUUUCAAACUGUUCUGUCCAAGAAAAUCCAGAUUCUGUUCAGACGUUAGCACAAAACCGAGCCACUGAAGCUCCUCUAAGGAGAUAUUUAAAAGGUCAUUUUAAAGGGAUCCUUACCAGAAAUGUCUUAAUGUUAAAAAAAACAAUGACUGGCUGAUUUAUUGGAAUCAGAUUUUCUAAACUGUCAAAUGUAGGUAUUGAUAACAGCCCGGAGAACCCAGUAUAGACUGAGCUUUACCUGAACAACCAGCAGAGCCUCAGUGGGCUUCUGGGUAACGCUGCUCUACAGUUCCUGUUAUUGUGCUGGCACCGUAUUUGUUUGCAAGGCUGAGAAACGAUGAGUUGGAAUGACUUUAAGAACGAAUACUUACCUUCAGUCAGAUCAGCCGGUGGAGAGAUGAGAGCCGGAGGACUCAGCUUGAUGCCAAGCGUUGCCUUACGUCGUUGUCUUAACUCUAGAGCCCGUACGGUUGACUAGCCAAACCCAGAGCCCUACAGGACGUCCUGUGUACGGCUCUGGUUUAUAUUCCACCGAUCAGCAGUCUGCGGGGGCGUGUCUACAACUCUGUCUCCUAGCAACCACUCACCAUCAACCUGUCAUGGGGAAACAUAAUGAUUAGAAUGUAAAAAAUACUAAAACUACAUACAUUUGCACAUUGUUGUAAAAUAAUGUUGCUAGCACUUUUAAAACGAAUCGUGUUUUGUUUUACAUAUUGUAAAAUGAAUCAGAGAUUUAUUUUGUGGAGGCUUUUAUUUUGGUGAUACAUACAGUAUGACAGAUUAAUACAGUAUAUUGAAUAUGUGUGUUAUCUAUAUUUGAUGCAGUAUGUAAAUGUGAUGAUGAUGAUUUCUGGCUGAUUGUUCACGUUUAGCCGGCAAUCAUGAGCAACGCGGCAGAUGAAGCGACCACCUCGAGCUUCAGGCUACCUCACUUCACAUUCAACCUUUCAAAAUAAACUUUUAGCUUUUAUGCAAAUGUAUUGCCAGCAGCAUCAGCGGCGUCAGCUGCCAGCAGCAGGGGAUUAUGGGAAGUCUUUCUGGAAAUAUUUCCCUCCUCGACCUGUUCCAUGUUGCGGCUUAAAAGGCUCUCCAACACCAAUGAAAAUAUAAUCAACUGAAAAUCUGACACACACAGGAAGCUAAUUUAUGCAGUGAAUGGAAAACUGGCACCCAACUACAGAAACUUCUACAAAGUGAAAAACAGCCCCAUUUUUGUGGCUCUGCAUUGGUAAUGAAUUGACACUGUAUUAUAUUACACAGUUGGUGCUGUGAGCCUUUGAGUGGUGUCUGACCGGCUAACGUGAACAAGCAGCGAGGGGCGGGGCUUUUAUUUUGGCGGGUUUGCUGCGAUGCAGUGAUGUUAAGGCUGUCGAGGCUUCGUGUGGCUCUGAACACACUACGAAAGGGAAUUUUUUUUUUCUUUACCUUUUUGAUUUCUAAUUUUCAAAGUGCUCAAUAUUGAAGAGUUUAGUUUUUGAUGAUUUUAGACUUUUUUUUUUUCUCUCUGUGUGUUUUACUGAAUAUCAGUGUUUUUCCCUCAAACCCCCCACGGCUCAGACUCACAUUAUUAUUUCCAAGCAGAAGAAUCUGCUUGUCUCAUUUCCACAUUUUCUACAUGAUGGCAGAUGGUUAAAAUAAUCGACCUUUCUGUUUAACAGUGAAGCUAAAAACAUUUUGAAGGCUGAACGACUGCCGACUGUGACGCUGCCAAUAAGAAGGUUUGUGCUGUCUGAGAAGUUAACGUGAUGCUGAAACAGGCAGAAUGAACCGCUCACUACCAUCUGAACAGUAUGCAGUAGAACAGCUACCUCAUUAAGAUGAGUUGGUCCACCUGGACAGACCCUACACUACUACAACUACAUAUCCCAGCAGUCAGUGGGAGCUUCCAGACACCAAUCACAUCCACAGACAGAACAACACCUUGAUGAAACCACACCUGGUAAAUCAAUUAAUAUCAGGUGUAACCUCAUAUGGAGCAACCAAUCAGCGCAGUCUGAUUUUUCUGUUUCUUUAUAAUGUUAGAAAAACUGAAUUGGAUUUAAUUUAAGCUGAGAACCAGACCUGAAUCUGGUUUCCUGUUUCACAGCCAAUCAGAGCCUCUGGCUCUAAGACGGACCAGGCGAGCCAAUGAAAUAUUAACACCACAGGGUGAUGUCAUAUCAGGCAUAUGAGUGGUUUCUGACAUGUAGACGUGUUCAUGUCACAUGUUCAAAGUGAAAUUCUCUUUCAGUCUUUGUGAAAUGUUUGAUUCCACCUUCAAUGAAUCAGCUUGUAGCGCCUUUAAGAUGAGGAUGAAAUGAUCAGUUUCAUGAAUCACUGACAGUUAAUUGGUCAAACAAAGAGCUCAGACCAAUGAAUGACGAGAUGUUCAUUAGUUGCAGCUCUCCAGUGGAGCUGAUGCUGAUUGGCUGGUCUGGAGGCUCACGGUUCAGAGAUUAUUUCCACAGAACUGUUCAAAGCGUCGCAUCAGAGAUCAAAUGUUGUCGCGGAGGUCACAUGUGACUCGAGCGCCACUGAUAACUUGUUAUUUCACUAAUACGACUAACCUGAGGCGAGAUUUUAUAGAUACUGAUCAAACUGACAUGUGAACAGUAGAAUCUUUUUUUUUUUAAUCAAAGUUGAAUCAUUGCUGUUUUUUAAUGUCUCAUCUGUGGACCGGAGCCUGGGAGGGUCAGAGGGCAAAAAAGUACAAAGUGCAGCCAUUUACGGCAAAAAGAAAAAGAUGAAAAAACAACUUGAAAAAAUGAAAAUGUACAUUACCAAACUCUGAUGUUGUUUCAUGUCAUUGUCUUUGUGCUCUUCAGCCAAAAAAAAACAAGAAAAACAGCUUGUUGUGACAGAGUCUUUGAUCUAAAAGUUCAUCGAGCCCAACAGGAAGUCAAUUAACGAACAAACUGCAGCAGAACAACACGUUCGCCUGCAGGUGCUGAGGCCUGUGCAGUCUGCCUGUCUGUCUGCCUGUCUCUCUCUCUGUCUUUGCCUGUCUCUGUCUGUCUGUCUCUCUCUGUCUCUGUGUCUGUCUGUCUGUCUUCAGGCUUCGAUGAUUGAUUCUGUCCAACAAGCUUCACCGUCAGCUGGUUUCCUUCAGCAGAGAGCGCCUGUUACCCAAAAACCUCCUUGAGUCUGUUUCCCUGAAAACCUCCUGCUGUUCUCAGACCAGCACAGAGUGGACUCUCACUUCUUUAGUCCACAGUUUUGAAGUAAUUUAAACUCUUAUUUUAUUUUACUGUAGAUGAUCUUGUUUUUUAGAUAUUUUUUGAAAAAUACUGUCAAUGAUUUUAUAGCCAAAAACAUUGCCAAAGUGUUUUUUUUAACCUCCAAAAACAGAAGACAGAAAGGGAAGAAAGAUGAUUUUGUGUUCUUGUUUGAUUUCUUUUCUUGACUCAACAGGCUGGUUUUAUUGGCACGAUAUGUAACUGGUGCUCCAGAAAAACAAUCCAAAUCUUUCAUCAUGAUAUGAAAUGACCUUCUUACCUUCAAGUUUUUGGGAAGCUGACCUGAGGUCGGAUGUUGUAGCAGUGGAAGCAGCGGGGGGCGCUCUCCUCCGGUGGGAAACCCCAUCGUGUUUGGGCUGGAAACAGGAUGCAUUCCAUUUCUGAAGAGGUUCCUGUCGUGUUAACUGUCUCAGAGUGUGGAUGACAUCAUUAAAGGCAGUCUCAAAACAAUAUGGCUCUUUAAUGAAAAGUAAAACAUCAUCAGCAAACAUGCUGAACAACGCUAACGCUAACACAGUUUUUAGCUGCAAUUUGUGUCAAAUAACUGAUUCAUGACUCUGAAAUGUGACAUGAAACACGUGUUCUCCUGUUCAGUGUGAAUCGUCCAGAAUAAACGGCCAUAAAUUCACUCAGAAAUCACAGGAAAAAAAAAAACUCUGCAGAACUUCCCUGAGCAUCUUCACGUUUUUAAGUUUCUUCAGUGUCACAGUGAUGAACACGCUGCUAACAGGAGCUGCUAACAGCUAAUUCAGCAGUCUGUUAAUGGAGAUAGUUUGACUCAAUGUAAAAAUUUGACUAAAUUUGUUGCAUCGGAAACUGAAUCUGUCUCUAAUCUGACUCUAUUCCAGAUUUUACAACAAACUUUAUCUUCACGUUGUUUCACUGCGAUGCUUAAACUAAGAUGCGUUGUGAUCACAUUAUCUCAAAGUUCAGUCCUGUCUGUGUUUCCAGCCCAACCUGAGCUACACUCAUCCAGCGUCGGCCAUUUUAUUGUAACUGUGUCUCUGUGACUUCCUGUGAACCGCAGUCUUCCAUCCAUAACCGUAGACUAGACAAUCGAGUAGGCGAUAAGUAGCUUCAUUAAUUAAUAGCUGUGUUAACGAUAGUAAUGACACUCGGGGCUCGACGUUAACGAGUCACCAGCCAAAAACUCUCUGAGUCGAUGAUGAAAGAGUUAACUCGGAGCCCUGAUGAUGUCACUUGUGUUUCAUUGACCUUUGACCCCUGUGCGGGUUUCCAUGCUGUAAGCCACUGUGAUCACUGUGCUCAUUGACCACCAACUAAACCAACGGCAAU